AUGGUUGACUUUGACAAAGUGGGAACGACCGUCACGUCACCGGUCAAGCUUGCCCACGUGGUGCUGCGAACCAAGCCAGAAAACUUCGUGCAAAUGACCUCUUUCUACAAGACAUUCCUAGGUGGUCAUGCAUCUCAUGAAAACGAUUUUCUCUCAUUCAUUACCUAUGAUGACGAACACCAUCGGAUUGCCAUUGCUGCUAUUCCGGGGUUAGGAGAUCAUGACGCAAGAACCUGCGGGUUGGAGCACAUUGCGUUCACAUUUGCCAAAUUGGAGGACCUCCUUCUGGCCUACCGUCAGCGGCAGGCACAAGGCAUUAAGCCGGUCUGGGCAGUGAACCAUGGGAUCACCAUCAGUAUAUAUUAUCGCGAUCCCGAUGGUAAUCAAAUCGAAACGCAAGUUGACGGCUUCAAUACUGUGGAAGAGGCCAACGAAUAUAUGAAGAAGAAAGAAUUUAGCGAGAAUCCCAUUGGUGUGGACUUUGAUCCGGAUGAAUAUAUCCAGAAACUGAAGGAUGGGGCAUCACCAAAUGAGCUACUGGUGAGACCUGAUAUCGGUCCCAGAGGCUUAGAUACUGUCCCUAUCAUGCAGAUUUAA